AUGGGAGCUGAUGGAGGAACAAUUCCUAAGCGUUGCGAGUUAGUUAAGAAGAAGAAAAAGGAAGAAAAAGUCGAAAGAGAGGUUGCCAAUGCGGCUAAAUGGAAAAAUUGCCAGCUUACCAACGAACCCUUGAAAAAGCCUGUUGUUAGUUGCAGAUAUGGAAGGCACGUUUAUAUUGAAUUUCUUGUUGAAACAUAGUUUUUUGUUUAUUAUUAAUUUAAAAUUAAUUUUUUGCUAUAUUGGAAGUUUACCUUUAUAAAGUUUGCAGGAUCUUAAGCUGUUUUUUCAGAUUAUUCAAUAAAGAAUCUAUUUUGGAAGCGAUGUUGGAGAAAAAGGUAACUCAGAAUGAGACUACUAAGCACAUUAAAGGACGCAGCGAUUUCAAGGAGCUAAAGCUAACGGAUAACAAAGACUACAAUGACGGCCCAGACAGAGUAAGCGAUUUUUUAAAGUUUCAACAUUUUAGGUUGUAAUCAGGGGCGUCGCUAGGGCGCUAGGGGGGGUGAAUCCCCCCCCCCCUACCCCCAGAAAAAAUCCGUAGCGACGCCCUUGGUUGACAUAUUGUACUUGGAUUGCUUUUUUGUUCUUAAACAAAGGUUAGUGCACGCUUUUUCAUAAUACUUGCAAAAAAUAUCUUAGGGAAUGGUAUACAAAGAUCACAACGAUACUCCAUGGGUGUGCCCGGUUACGGCAUUACCUAUGAAUGGGAUUAAUGUGUUUAAAGUCAAUUGGAUAUGUGGUUGUGUUGUAUCGGAAAAGGCCAUGGUGGAGUCCAAAGCUGAUCGUUGUCUUGGAUGUGAUGGUGCUUUGGAAGCCGAAAAAAUUGUUCAAUUGUAUCCACCAGAGGAAUUAUUGGAUUCUUAUAAACGACGGCAUACAGAAGAAAUAGCAGCCAAGAAAGCAAAGAAAUCAGAAAAAGCUAAAUGUAAGUAAAAAAGAAAUGAAUUUAGGCUAAAUUAAAAAAAAUAAUGAUCAGGAUUUUUUUGUCUAAAAAUAAUUAAUUUUUGGCGUUUUCUUCAAUGCUUUGCUACCCAAAUUAUUUCCUUUUACUUUUAUACAUUUAUGUUAUGUUCGUUUCAAUAUUUUUAGCAAAGGAAUCUCAAUUAGAAGCCAUUUCGUCAGAAGAGCAGGAGGUUCCAGAAGAAUCGGCUGACUUGUUAGCUUUUAAAAUGCCAGGAGGAACCAGGACUACUACAACAUUGAGAAUGAAGCCUUCCGCAACAGCCGGUAUAACAGAAAUCAAUGAACGAAAGAGAAAGUUGUUUUUAUCAAAAGGCUCUAUUCAAGACGAUCCAAAGGUUUCGAAUGCUGUUAAGUCUAUGUUCACCACAAGCGAGGAGGCGAAAAAACAAAAAACUGCUCACUGGGUCACUCAUAACCCAUUGUAUUUCUAG